AGGCUCAUGGCAGUCUGGCUCAAGUAAGCGAGCUUAUCGAGUAACCUUUCCUUACAUUCUCGUUGCGCCCUGCAGGAUGGCAGUACUGAGCGCGCCGAGCCUGUUGCGCUUGCUGGCACUUGUCUACGCCGUGCCCGCCGCGAUGUCUAUCAGGGCAGGCUCCGCGAAAGACACGCCUGCCCACGCGCCGGCACCAAACGCCAGUUUCACCUUCCGCACCGACGCCAGCGCCAACGCUAGCGUUCUGAACAUCAACUUUCAAAAUGAAGGGACGGCUGUGCCAUCUGGCUGGCUUCCAGAUUACGGGUACGUGUAUGGUUCACGGGGUAACGGGUACAUGUAUGGUUGGUUUUGUGGCAACAAUGCGGCAUACAAGGCUAACGGGUGGCCCACUACAAAUGGAAGGAAUCGCGCAGUGAGCGGUUAUGAUGACUUGCAGAACACAGGAGUGGUCCCUGACCGUCACUCAAAUUGUGCAGGCGAGCAUUGGAACAUCGCGGUGUCUAAUGGAGACUAUCUGGUUGAAGUUGUGAUACAGGAUACCGUGCACUCAAGUCAGACGAGCGGGUGCAGAUUGGAAGGGCAGUCGCUAGGUCUCGGCAAAGUUCCUGCUGGGGCAGGAGCAAGUAAGAUUCUCGCCGUUUCUGUCAGCGAUGGGCUCUUGACAUUUACUGGAAGUUGGGCCAAUUCGUGUUCAAUAAUCAACCGUCUCAUUAUCCAGCAGGCGGCGACACCAGCACCGACGCCUGCACCAACGCCCUACCCCACCCCUUCCCCGACGCCUUUCCCGACACCCGACCCGACGCCCCUGCCGACGCCGCAUCCGACGCCCUACCCGACGGCGUUCCCGACGCCCUUCCCGACGCCGUUCCCGUACCCAGCGUUCCCGACGCCCCACCCAACGCCCGUCCCGACGCCCGUCCCGACGGCGUUCCCGACGCCUGUCCCCACGCUUUACCCGACGCCUUACCCGACGUCGUUCCCGACGGCGUUCCCGACAGCGUUCCCGACGCCCCACCCAACGCCCCGUUCCCGACGCCCCACCCAACGCCCGUCCCGACGCCCUUCCCGACGGCGUUCCCGACGCCUGUCCCCACGCUUUACCCGACGCCUUACCCGACGCCGUUCCCGACAGCGUUCCCGACGCCCCACCCAACGCCCGUCCCGACGCCCGUCCCGACGGCGUUCCCGACGCCUGUCCCCACGCUUUACCCGACGCCUUACCCGACGUCGAUCCCGACGGCGUUCCCGACAGCGUUCCCGACGCCCCACCCAACGCCCGUCCCGACGUCCAGCCCGACUCUCAGCCCGACGCCCAGCCCGACGUAUCCUCCAGGUUGGCCAACACCAUAUCCGACGUUCCUUUCUUCAGGUUCUCCAGCGGCAGGGGGCGUGGCUGCCACUGGCGACCCCCACCUUCAAAAUGUGUAUGGCGAGCGGUUCGAUUUGAUGAAACCAGGGCGGCAUAUUCUGAUCAACAUCCCUCGUGCAGAGCGAGAUGAAAAAGUAUUGCUCCGCGUGGAGGCCGAUGCGCGCCGAUUGGGUCGGCAGUGCACGGAAAUCUACUUCCAAGUCGUGAACGUGACCGGGCAUUGGGCAGACGGUAAACAAGCCGGAGGGUAUCAUUACAGCGCGUCGCGGAAUGGGGCCGAGGUUCCAGAGUGGGUUGUUUUCAGUGAGGUCGAGUUGAAGGUUGUUCGCGGGCAUACGCACAGCGGCUUGUCGUAUCUCAACGUGUUCGUGAAGCAUUUAGGGCGCGCAGGGUUUCCUGUCGGAGGCCUUCUGGGAGAAAACGACCACGAGUACGUGACCGCCCGUCCGGAUGAAUGUGCGAAGCGUACGGAGCUCCUUGAGUCUUCGCAUUCGCAUGGGCUUGGGGGUUCUCCAUCAUCUGUUGCGUCCUUCGCUGCUGCGUCCUUCGCUUGAUAGUGGUCAGCAGCCCUCUGCUGAGAAAGGGGAGCGUGCGGGAGCUCGGCGCGAAACUUUUUACUAAACUCUUUAAAGGCGUGACGAUGGCACUAUGUUCGUAGCCUCACGAUCGCUUCGUCGUAGGGAGAAGGCUGGCCGCCAGGAUGGAGUAGGGAUGGCGGGGGGGGGAGUUUAGCGGUGGCGUUUCGCCCCAGCCUUCAUCUUUUUUGGCUCCCUGAGUCUCUCAGUCUCCCUCUCUCUCAUCUCUCUCGCUAUCUCUUUGUUUUUUCUCUCUCCCUCUCUCUUCCUCUUCUCUUUCCCUCUCUCUCUCUCUCUUACUAUGGGACUGUGAGGUCUACCACACCGCCUGG